AUGGGGACCAUCUAUCCGUGCGUGGCAAAUGCACAGACAUUCCCACGAGAACCGUGUCAUGGUCUUGGGUCAGCCUCGGAUCCAGUGCCAGCUCUUACGACGACGAUAGAGGAUAUUCCGUACACCAUUAACAUUCUGAGCGACGAACGACUAAAUAACCAAGGAAAGUUGGCUCAAACAAUAAUAAAAGAAGAUUACAUAAUGCAUUAUGAUACCUUUUCGUCGUUAAUAAUAGGCGAGGUUAAUAUUCUGCGUGAUGAAAGUGAUGAAACAGAGGAGUUUCCUAUUUAG